AUGUCCCAUUUUAAUUUAGAAAAUGAGUUGAAUAAUGCUUUGAGGAUGGAUGCACCGUUAGCAAGAGCAAUGCCUGCUUCUAGAAAAGGCUUAAAUGAUUCAGAAUGCAAUGCUUCUUUGAAUAUGAGUAUGAAGACUCCUAAAAAGGGAAACAAGUCAUUCAGUGGUUCAAAAACGCCAUCAAAAUCAAAUGAAUCCUUAAAAAAGACACCCAAAUCUUCAGGUAAGUCACAUUUGUCAAGUAAAUAUGGAACACCUGGAAAUAAAAACAGCCGCACACCUGGUGGUGACAGAUUUAUACCUAACAGAAGUACAACACAGUUUUCUGUUGGAUAUUAUAAAAUAAUGAAAGAAGAAAAGGGGCCUGAUGAAAAUGAAAACUUAUUGAGUCCAUCAGAGAAAGAAUAUAAAAGAGUUAUGAGUGAAAAUUUAAAUGGAGAUGCUUUGAAUAGUAAAAUCCUGUCUUUCAAAGCUAAAGCACCAUCUGCUCCAGAAAGCUUCACCAAUAAUAUGAAGGUAUUGUAUAGUUCAUCGAAAACACCUUCUAGUGCUAAAAAAACUUUACGACAGAUACCACAAGUUCCAGAAAGAAUAUUAGAUGCUCCAGAUAUUAUGGAUGAUUAUUAUCUAAAUUUAGUUGACUGGUCAUCUACCAAUAAUUUAGCUGUGUGUUUGGGUGGUGCUGUUUACAUAUGGAAUGCUACAUCAGGAACCAUAACUCAGUUAAUGGAAGUUGAGAACAGUGAAGAAUAUAUUGGGUCUGUAUCCUGGGUUAAAGAAGGAAAUUAUUUAGCUAUUGGAACUAGCACUGGUGAAGUUCAGUUGUGGGACGUGGUAGAACAGAAAAGACUAAGAAAUAUGGCAGGUCAUUCAGCUAGAGUUAGUUCUUUAUCUUGGAACUCGCAUAUAUUGAGCAGUGGUUCACGAAGUGGUAAUAUUCACCAUCACGAUGUCAGAAUACCACAACAUCAUGUAGCCACAUUAGCUGGUCACAGUCAAGAAGUUUGUGGUGUUCGUUGGUCACCAGAUGGUAGAUAUCUAGCUAGUGGAGGCAAUGAUAAUAUACUCAAUAUCUGGUCCUCACAAUUUAAUAAUUUACCACAAGAUAAUCAGCCAUUACAUGUCUUCUCUCAACAUCAAGCAGCAGUUAAGGCCCUUUCUUGGUGUCCAUGGCAACCAGGUUUAUUAGCUAGUGGUGGAGGUACUGCAGAUAGACAAAUCUGUUUCUGGAACUGUAAUACUGGCACCUUCCUUAAUAGUGUAGAUUCAAAAUCACAGGUGUGUUCAAUAUUAUGGUCUAAAGAACACAGAGAGUUAAUAUCUAGUCAUGGUUUUGCACAGAAUCAGUUAACAAUAUGGAAAUAUCCAGCUAUGACAAAAGUUGCAGAUCUCACAGGGCAUACAGCUAGAGUUUUACAUAUGGCUUUAUCACCUGAUGGUUCAACAGUAGUAUCAGCUGGAGCAGAUGAGACUUUACGGUUAUGGAAAUGCUUCGAACAUGAUGAUCAGAAGAAGAAAGCCACAAAAUCAACUUCUAAAGACACUUCAACAACAUUCCGUAAAUCUAUGAUACGAUGAGUGAAUGGACAUGUCAGUUUGUGCAAUGGUGCUUUUCCCUUUCAGAAUUAUUGAAAGAUUGUGCCCAAAAUAUGUAAUUCGUGGAAUUUUAUUACUUUGACUUUUUUAGACUGUAACAGACAUUUACGAAUUGAGGGAAUGUUUACUUAAUUGUAUAAAUUAUGUGUUACAAUUCUGUUAUGUUUUUGUUUAUCAAGUAUCGUUAUUGUUUAGUUUAGAUAUAUUAGGGGUAGUGUAGUUUAUAGAUGAUAUCACUAGUUAUGUUGUGGAAUAUUCACAUGUUUCAAAAGAACCAAAAAUGUCAUUGUUUCUGUCUAAUAACAAAUUGUUAAUUUUAACUAAAAUCAUCGUAGGGAAACAAUAAAAAAAACAUGACAUUUAUUUUUUAUCUGAUAAUGGACAAAUUGUUUUCUUUGAAUUUUAUAAAAUAAGUGCUUUAUAAAUUAUAGUGCCUAUUAUUAUGUUAAAAUAAAACAUUUCACAUUACUUAGUCUCUCUCUUAUCAUGCAUAUAACAAACAAAUCAACCAACAGGGAUAAUAGCAUACAAAUAAUUAAUAAUAAACCCGAAUUGGAUACAUAAGCUUAUUUGAUGUUUCUUUAAAACAUGCUCAAACUCUUUCAUCAAAAUUGACUGAUGAUUACCCUAUAUACACAUUGUGCAACGAAAUGAAAUAAAGACAAACAAAAAUCGAGCAAAUUAUCGGGUUCAACAAAAUAAUUAGAGCUACCAACAUAACCACAAAAAUAUAAAGCUGAUUGUUUGGUAUUUUGUAACAUGUACUGAGUAGACUUCACAAUGCACAUAUUGUAUACCAAAAACUCUAAAAUCACACACAGUGGCUCACAUAAGUCUGGGAUUGUUAAUAUAUUUACAGUCUUAUCUCCCCUCUAUCAGUUUAUCUCUAGCUAUCACAGAUUCAUCAAAUUUUAUCAUAAAUGUUGUUCCUU